AUGAUCGCUACUCGUGGUUUUGGACUGCGCCGUCUCUGCUGGGUGGCAGCGAUUACCACAUUCCUUCUUCUAUCAUUGACCUUUAUUCACAGCAGGGCAACAAGUCGGGACUUCUUCACAGGCACAAGUCGCGCACCACUGUUACCACACGCGGUCCCCUUCAGCACCAGCACAGAAGCCUCUCAGCCCUGGAUCGACUUUUACUUCCAGAGGCUGCAGAACCCGUCAGUGUUACCUGACACCCCCCGAUACGCGCCCUACGGGGCUCUGGAGUGGCAUCUGCCCGAGGACGCUCCGUGGCACGCAGGUCUCGGCAAAGACCUGUGCAUAAUCGACUUUGACGACCGGCCAUUCGAUGCCCCUGGGCAAUUAUUUGGGCCGCAUGUCAUGAGAUGGCAGGAAGCAGAAUCUGUGCAUGGCCUGUCGCUCGGAAUCCUCAACCACUGGUUGUAUAGUAAGAUACACGGAUACAGGUACUACUAUAUAACGGUGGACAGUUUCCCUGAUCGCCGCACUUCCUGGAAAAAACCAGCAAUCAUUUCUAAGCUCUUGGCAAAGCACAAGGCCUGCAUAUACAUCGACUCCGAUGCUCUGUUCAGAAACCUGGACUUGCCGUUCGAAUGGCUGAUGAACUACUGGAAGAUUAGCCCGGCCUCCAACUCCCUGGCGCUCGCCUUUGACCCGACGCACGAGUGGAACCAGGACGAGUUCGGAAAGGAGUACCUCAAUACGGGAUUUCUUGUCACGCAAAACAACACAAGAACCUUUGAGAUACUGGACGCCUGGCAAGACUGUCCAAACGACGGGGGCCGCUACCCGGAAUGCACCAAGUUCCGGACGAAUGACCCCGGCCGACCGACAGACCAAGGAGGAUUUGGCACCUAUGUCCGGUAUGACUACACCGACGACAUCGAGGAGCUCCCCUGCGAUGAGGCAAACGGCUUCCCCGAGGCCCAUUCUGGGUGCGAUGGCACAUUCAUCCGCCACCUGUGGACCGGGAAGGACGGACUCCUUAAGAUUUUCGCGGGGGGGCAGAUGCCAGGCCCAUACUUGGAGUAUUUCCACACGGAAUACCUGGGAACGAAGGCAGAGUUUCACAUGCAUGAAACUGAGCUGAUGGGGUGA